UUGAAUUCAAACGCAGUUAUAGGCACCUCUGUUGCGCGACGGGACCUGCCGCAGAAGCUUACGGGAGAGGCGAAGUACACCAGCGACAUCUAUUUGCCGGGAAUGCUAGUUGGCAAGGUGGUUCGCAGCCCGCAUCCUCACGCCCGCAUUCUCAGCAUAGACACUUCGGCUGCGGAGAGUCUGCCCGGCGUCCAUGCCGUUCUGACGCCGUUUGAUGUGCCUCAGGGCAGGCUUGCUCCCGAUCUGCCCAUCCUCGAUACGGUGGUGCGCUAUGUGGGCGACGAGGUGGCUGCGGUUGCGGCGGAUGACGAGGACCUCGCGGAGUAUGCGGCGAGCCUGAUGAAGAUAAGCUAUGAGCCGCUGCCGUUCGUCACUACACCACGAGAAGCCAUGGAGCCGGACGCGGCGCGUGUGCAUCCCGAAGGCAAUCUUGUCGGCGGGGAGCCGCUGGCGCUCACUCGCGGAAAUGUUGAUGAGGGCUUCGAGCAAGCCGACCGCAUUUUCAGCAUGUCUUACAGUACGCCUUCACAUUCGCCUGCGCCGCUGGAACCCAGGGCGGCUGUGGCGAUGUGGGAGGGCGAGAAGCUGACGAUCUGGAAGACUACGCGGGGAGUGCAUGCGGACAGGAUGAGUCUCGCGUCGGCGCUGGGGGUUGAGCGCAAUGCGGUGCGCGUGAUCGGGGCUACGCUGGGCGCAGGGUAUGGUGGCAAGGAUGAGUCGCGGCUGUCGGUCAUCACCGCCGAACUGGCGCGUAGGGCGGGCAAGCCUGUGAAGAUAGAGGCUACGCGGGAAGAGGAGUUUCUGGCGGGAAGGAAGCGUCAUUCGACUGAGACGACCGUGAAAGUCGGCGUGAAGAAUGACGGCACGGUUACCGCAGUUACACGCGACUACGCUGAUGGACACGGGCGCGUACCUGGCAUCGGGGCCGGGCGUGGUCAGGCGAGCGGGUCAGGGUGCGCUUUAUCUAUAUCACUGCCCGAAUGUGCGAUAUGA